AUCCGGUUACUGGAGCAACGAACGGCCGCAGCGGCGGCUGCGACGGAGACAGCUAUAGCUUCUGAGGAAGCGGCUACGGAGGAGGAAGAAGAGGAGCUGGGCAAGGCGAGAGCCACAGGCGGGACCCCCGCCAUGGGUCAGCGGACCUAGAGCGGUGGAAGGUACCGGCCGGGAGCCGAGCUGGCCGCUGCUCCUUCUUGUGGCCCCAUGGCUGAGGACUGGCUGGACUGCCCGGCCCUGGGCCCUGGCUGGAAGCGCCGUGAGGUCUUUCGCAAGUCAGGUGCCACCUGUGGACGCUCAGACACCUAUUACCAGAGCCCCACAGGAGACAGGAUCCGAAGCAAAGUUGAGCUGACCCGAUACCUGGGCCCUGCGUGCGAUCUCACUCUCUUCGACUUCAAACAAGGCAUCCUGUGCCAUCCAGCCCCCAAGGCCCAUUCCUUGGCCAUCCCCAGCAGGAAGCGGAAGAGGCCUUCGAGGCCAGCCAAGGCUCAGAAACGUCAGGUUGGACCUCCGAAGAGUGAAGUCAGGAAGGAGGCCCCAAGGGAUGAGACCAAGGCUGAUGCUGACACAGUCCCAGCCUCACUUCCUGCACCUGGGUGCUGUGAGAACUGUGGAAUCAGCUUUUCAGGGGAUGGGACCCGACGGCAGCGGCUCAAGACUCUGUGCAAGGACUGCCGAGCACAGAGAAUUGCUUUCAACCGGGAGCAGAGGAUGUUUAAGCGUGUGGGCUGCGGGGAGUGUGCGGCCUGCCAGGUAACAGAAGACUGUGGGGCCUGCUCCACCUGCCUCCUGCAGUUGCCCCACGAUGUGGCCUCGGGGCUGUUCUGCAAGUGUGAGCGAAGACGGUGCCUCCGGAUUGUGGAAAGGGUGAGUCGGGCAGGUGGGGUGGGCCCGAGACUCACCUGCACUCCUGACCCUCAGAGCCCUGGCCCCAUGCGUCACACCUCCGGCCCUCCACAGAGCCGAGGGUGUGGAGUGUGCCGGGGCUGUCAGACCCGAGAGGACUGUGGCCGUUGUCGAGUCUGCCUUCGCCCUCCCCGCCCUGGUCUCAGGCGCCAGUGGAGGUGCGUCCAGCGGCGUUGCCUGCGGCACCUUGCACACCGCCUCCGCCGCCACCAUCAGCGAUGUCAACGACGCCCUCCCCUAGCUGUGGCUCCCCCUGCUGGUAAACACGGCCGCCGCAGGGGAGGCUGCGACUCCAAGGUGGCUCCUCGGCGGCGCCCCCCCCGAACCCAGCCACUGCCUGCACUUCCGCCCUCGCAGCCUCCAGAGUCUCCAGAGCUGCACCCCAGAGCCCUGGCCCCCUCGCCACCUGCUGAAUUCAUCUAUUACUGUGUAGACGAGGACGAGCUACAGCCUUACACGAACCGUCGGCAGAACCGCAAGUGUGGGGCCUGUGCGGCCUGCCUGCGGCGGGUGGACUGUGGCCGCUGCGACUUCUGCUGUGACAAGCCCAAGUUCGGGGGCAGCAACCAGAAGCGCCAGAAGUGUCGCUGGCGCCAGUGCCUGCAGUUUGCUAUGAAGCGGCUGCUGCCAAGUGUCUGGGCAGGGUCCGAGGAUGGCGCCGGGCCACCCGCACCUUACCCGCGUCGAAAGAGGCCUGGCUGUGCUCGAAGGCCCCGUCUGGGUCAGACCCCGAAGCCUCCCUUGGCCACGCCCACGGCCCAGCCAGCCCGUGCCCAGACUCCAGUGAAGCAGGAAGCAGGCAGUGGCUUUGUGCUGCCCCCGCCUGGCACCGACCUCGUGUUCUUACGGGAGGGUGCAAGCAGUCCCGUGCAGGUGCCUGGCCCGGCUCCAGCCUCCACAGCAGCUCUGUUACAGGAGGCCCAGUGCCCUGGCCUGAGUUGGGUCGUGGCCUUACCCCAGGUGAAGCAAGAGAAGGCGGAUGCCCAGGAAGACUGGACACCGGGCACAGCCAUCCUGACUUCUCCUGUAUUGCUGCCUGGCUGCCCCAGCAAGGCAGUAGACCCAGGCCUGCCACCUGUGAAGCAAGAGCCACCUGACCCUGAGGAGGACAAGGAGGAGGAGAACAAGGAUGACCCCACCUCUGACUUGGCCCCAGAGGAGGAGGCAGGAGGGGCUGGCACGCCCGUGAUCACGGAGAUUUUCAGCCUGGGUGGAACCCGUCUCCGGGACACAGCAGUCUGGUUGCCAAGUCUGCAGGGCAGGCAAUCGGGAAGGGAAGAUGGAUGUAAAGAGUGGGAGACCGAGGAGACACUGGCGCCCACGAGCACGAGCUGGAAACCACGCGGAUGGCCCGGAACCCAUGUCAGCCUCUCACCACCUGCAACUUCGAUGAUGUGGGUUUCCUGCAGAAGAAGCUGGUGCCCUUCAUCACAGAGUUAAAUAUGCAUCUGGGCCAGGAAUUAGAGAAGCCGAAGGAAGAUCCUGGGGAAGGUGGAGCAGCUGCAGGCCUGGCUGCGGGCCUGACUGCUGCUCCAUACCAACGAGGUGAGCCAGCAGAUAAGUGACAUGCGUGAACUGCAACAGCGCCUGGUGCCCCUGCACCAACCUUCCGAGUGCGCGGCUGCUUCACUUCUGCCCUCCAGAUAUCACGCAAAAUGUCUCUUGUGGCCCAUCCUAACCGGAAGCGUACGGGGAAGGGAGUACUGGGAAACGUAGCCUAUAGUCAAGGUGACACGUUACAAAGCCACCCUGCCAGGAAUCAGCUCCCAAGGGUCUCACUACUCACCUGAGGAUAAAGGAUAACUUGAUAAAGCUGCGUUGCUGAAAAUGCAAAGCUGAAGACCAUGGAUUUCAUGGUGACCCCAGCAAGUACAGAAAUUCUGUCAAGCCCACCCAGAAAAACACUUGCUGGUCUCGGCUAUUUUUGUGUCAUUCAAGUAUUGAGAACCUGGCCCAUGGUAGGCACUGUAUUUAAUACUGGGAUUCAGGAAUGAAAAAGAUAUAGUCCAUGCAGUUUUAUUAAAUACAUCAAUAUGUAUUUACAAAUGGUGAAUGGAUUUCCGACUUUAUCAUGGAAUUUAAUGGUGAAAACGCAGAAUUCAGGAAACUGUUGGGAGGACAGCCCUUGCGUGAACCUUGUUGGGGCACAAUAGGCAUUGGAAAUAAUAUAAAUAGUUUCUAUCUCUAUGCUGUUCUAUUUUAAAAUUAUUUUUAAAUGAU